AUGGACGCCUCAACCAGCGGAGGAGCUCCAUUGUCACUGGUGACUUCUGAUGACGGCCUUUUUGCGGCCCAUAUCAGUGGGAAAGACCUGGUCCUCCACACAAACCUCACUUCAGAUCAUAAAGACGUGCAAACAGCAAGAAUCAAAGAGAGUAUUGUCAAGUCUCUCAAAUUCUGUCCCUUAGGGACUUCACAUAGCAAUACCAAUCGCCAUCUGCUUAUCACAAAUGAGUCACGCAUCUCUGUUUGGCAGUUGGAACCCUUACAACAAGUGGCCGACAUUGAAAACCUCGAACCAGGCACGUUGAACGUUGAAUUCGGCGGAGAUGAAACCGAAAUUCUUGUUUUCCAUGCAUGGAAUAACAAAAUGGCAAUUCACUCAAUAGAUAAUGGUCAAACCUCCGUGAUCAAGACGCCCAAGUUCCCUCACCCGCUUGGAUUUGGUUACCGCCCACGAAGCAGGCGGCACCUUGCCAUUAUUCUGAAGCCCGAGGCCUCCGAUGUACUUACUAUUCACGAGCUUCCCUCUUACGGUCUUUUAAACCGCACAGUUCUUCCCACCAUCGAUGCCCAAGGUUUGAAGUGGAGUCCAGACGGAAAGUGGAUUGCUGUGUGGGACGUCGCUAGCUAUGGCACUAAAGUGCUGAUAUUGACUGCUGAUGGGCAGAUCUUCAGAACAUACAAUGGACCAGCGGGCGUGGAUGAUGCGUUUGAUCUAGGCGUGAAGCAUAUUGAAUGGAGCCCCCCAGCCGCGAGCGGUGCUUCAGAGACUCUCGCCGUCGGCAAGGUUAACGGCAAUAUUGACUUGCUACGGACUCGCACGUUCUCAUCCUCUACUACACUAUCACAUGUUUUCCCAGUAGACCAGAGCUCUCCCAACAUCUGGCGUGAGCGAUACACAAGCGCCAUGGGCGACGCAGAAUACGCCGAAGCAACAAGUUCUUCGGCAUUCAACAUGAGCCCCGAAUUAUCUGGCCCACCUCGAGGUGUAGCUAUCAUGGCAUUCAGCUCUGAUGGGACCUUCCUGGCUACGGUGGAUACCAUGCGAUCAAAUGUGGUCUGGAUCUGGGCUUUGGACGGUACGCCCAGACUGGCGUCCGUUUUGGUCCACGAACAUCCCGUACGACAGCUAGUCUGGCAUCCUUCUACACCACAGCUCCUUAUUAGUGCCAUCACAAAUAAUCUACCUGUGAUACGGUGGUGGUCACCUCAAAGUCAACCUAUGAUUGCUCGAGUUCCUACUCAAAAGAGCGAGAGUGGGAAGUAUGAGGUGAAAUGGUUGGUUGGGGCGGAUCAUGAUUCUGCAUUUUGGUUUGGUUCGUCCGAGGAAUAUGUGGUGGGAUAUCUCUCUGCUGAUGAAAACUCUAUUCAAUUUGAAGUGUUGAAUUCGGUGAUAAAUCGGGGAUAUCCUGCUGGUAGUAUAAGCCGAUGA